UGGUGUCAAAAUCAGCUGGGGAUGUCUGUGGGGCUUGUGCUUGUAAUUUAUUUCCCUGAGGUUAAAACUAUAAUGCGAAAUUAAAAUUAAAGAUUUGUUCAUAAGUUAAAGAGAAAACAUAUUUCCAAUUGAGACUGCAAAAUGACGGAACUAACAAAACCACCCGUUGAUCAAAAUCUAGUGAAUUUCACACAGAAAAGCGACUAUGAUUCCCUAGCGAAGUAUUUGGUUGGAAAUAUCUACCGAUAUCGGGAAAAUAUAAUCAUACCAAGAGUAUUGGGUCCGGUUAUUAUUAAAACAAAUGAAGAGAAAAUGAUUGAAUCCACGAUAGAGAGCUGCCCGUUCAAAUCAGUGACCAGUUGUAUUAUAGGCUAUGGUCUCGGUCUCGCGGUCGGUCUAUUCACAUCCUCCCUAAUGCCGAACAUGACGGACCCGAUGGCGCAACAGAACCAAACCGCGCGAGAGAUACUCCGCGAGAUGAAGACGUCCAUGCUGAGUUAUGCUAAGAACUUCGCUAUACUCGGCGCUGUGUUCUCCGGUGUGGAAUGUUGUAUAGAAACCGCUAGAGGGAAGUCUGAUUGGAGGAAUGGGACGUACGCUGGCGGUGUGACUGGAGGACUUAUAGGGCUGAGAGGUGGAUUAAAAGCAGGCAUAUUUGGAGCAGCUGGCUUUGCUGCCUUUUCCACAGUUAUCGACUACUACAUGCAUCAGCGAUAGAAUUAAACAAUGUUGUUUUUAAUGUAAAUUAUAAAGUAUAUAUAGUUGA